GGGAGGCCAGUGGGCGGGCAGGAGACUGGGGCUGGCCUUGAGCUGGGCUAGGCCCAACGCUCGGCGCUCUAGCGUCUCUUAGCAACCGGAGAGGCAGCACCAGGGCCCGGGGUAAAGGAGGAUCGGCGGUGAGGUGGCUGUGGCAACCUGUGCCCCGGGAUUACGAGGGUCCGGCCCACUGGAGGCGAGACACCAGCAGGAUCGAGGAAAGCCCAGCCUCCUUGUAGCUUCCCAACCUUGCCUGCAAGCCGCUCCAAUACUGUCACCAGCCACCUUGACCUCCCUCUCUGGGCUUCUGUGACCUCAUCUGCAAAAACUGGGCAACCUUCCCACCCCAUCCCUCUUCCCGAGGAGAUAAAUGAAGGGAUUGUGAUCGUGGGGAAGUGCCCGGAGAGUCAUUAAGCACCCGACUGGCUAACGAGGUGUUCUGAUUACGACCUUCUGGAGGCUGUUCUUAAGUAGGGGAGGAGGGGUGGGUUCUCGUUGAAGUUCAUACCUGUCAAGUUUAUCUAAAAAAACAAAACGAUGGAGAUAUUAAUGCCCCCACCUCAGAUUUAUGUAGAAAGAACCCUGGCUAUUAUCAAACCAGAUAUCGUGGACAAAGAAGAGGAGAUAGAAGAUAUCAUCCUCAAUUCUGGAUUCACCAUUGUUCAGAGAAGAAAGCUACGUUUUAGCCCUGAACAGUGUAGCAACUUUUAUGUGGAACAAUAUGGGAAAAUGUUUUUCCCUAAUCUAACAGCAUACAUGAGUUCUGGUCCACUUGUUGCCAUGAUAUUAGCAAGACAUAACGCAAUUCCUUACUGGCUGGAUCUUAUGGGGCCAUCUAAUAGCUUCAAAGCUAAGGAGACGCACCCAGAUAGUCUAAGAGCAAUCUAUGGGACAGAUGAGCUAAGGAAUGCACUUCAUGGAAGUAAAAAUUUUACUGCAGCAGAAAGAGAAAUUCGAUUCAUGUUUCCUGAAGUGGUUAUUGAGCCCAUCCCAUCUGGAGAAGGUGCUAGAGAUUACCUGGAGUUGUAUGUAAAUCCUACUCUAUUGGCAGGACUCACAGAGCUUUGUAAGCAGAAACCAGCAGAUCCCUUUAUUUGGCUAGCUGAUUGGUUGCUUACAAAUAAUCCCAACAAACCUCGACUCUUUCAACGAGAACUUAUGGAAGAGUCUAAUGAAGCCAAAACAUACUGAAGAAUGGAUCGAGCCCUAUCCUAUUAUUAUAAAAGACUUUUAUUCUACACACCUUUUUGUUAACAUGAUUCUUAAGCAGAAUAUGGGGAAUAAGGAACUGUGCGAGAAGUAUAUCUUGUUUUAAGAGUAUUCUCAGCAGAAGAUAACCUUUACAAAAGAACCAUAGAACUAGUGUUUGAUUUUAACCAUAGGGAAUAACUUAAUGGAAAUCUUAGUUGUUUAAUGAAGAGGAUUUGGGAAGGAAUAUAAUUUUUUCAGGCUAGUAUCCUCUGUACACACACAUUCUAGAUAUAGGCAGUAUAAUCAUAAAUGUGAUAGAGUAUAAGCAACUGAGCUAAAUCUAAGAAAGGUGUGGUUCUUGUCAUUUAUGCAUCAUUAAGGCCCAAACUAACCCUGGUUGUACAACUUCUUAACCUGAAAUCCAUAAAGUAUAACAAAAACAAAA